CAGAGCAUUAAUGUGAAUGUACACUGGUAUUGUUUUAUUGGGAAAUACGUUUAUGCUGGUCUGUCCCCAAUUGGUGAAUAAAUGGGGUGGCUGAAAAGAGCAAAUGGCUCUUUGUUGCGGUGCAGGCUCAGUGGUGGCAAAAAUCGCCUGGCCUGGCCAGGACAGAAACAAACGGAGGGCCGCUAAUUGGGCCGAGGUUCACUGGCAACAAUGAAGGGGCUAGAAAAUUCCAGCCGCCGCGCGACAGGGCCCGCUUUGUUGUUGUGUUUGUUCUCGGCCACGUUGUUCACUGUUAUCUUUUCUGUGGCCUCUCCACUCCCCUCCCGCCUCAGAGGGCAUGAAAGCCCCUCCCACAGUCGCUGGCCCAGAGAGCUGAGCCGUGCUCCCGGGCCGUCACUCUGACAGCGGCCAGCAUUCGAGAGCCUCCAGCCCCCGGGAGCGUCCCGGCGGGCAUCCCCGCACCGGCGUUCCUCAGCCGCACCCCGCACACCCCGACUUCCAACCCCAGCGCCCCUGAAGGAGAGGAGAGAGAGAUGAUGGGGCAGGCCCCCCAGGACGCGCAGGAGGGCCUGGGAGCCGAAGAGCUGGAGUGCAAGAUCUGCUACUACCGCUACAACCUCGGUGGCCGUCGGCCCAAGGUGCUGUACUGCGGCCAUCGCCUAUGUGCCAAGUGCCUGGCCAAGAUCCUGGACCUGGGCGAGUCUCCGCCACGUGCCGUAGUGUGCCCCUUCUGCCGCUGCACCACCAGCCUGCCCGAGGAGGAGGAGGAGGCGGCGGCGGACGCAGGCGGCCUACCCGACGACCGUGGCCUGGUGGCGGCCCUGGCCCUCCGGCUGCAGAACCGGAGGAACCUGCUAGAGGGCUCCACUGAGCUCCUGCUCAGCCCUCGGUGCCUCAACGCUCUUGUUGGGCCUCCCUCUUCCUCCGCGUCUCCUUCCUCACGUGGAUCCCCCAGCUGCCUGGUCAUCGCCAUCGUGGAGCCCGGCCAGGAGUCACCAGCUGUGUCCUCGCAAGCCCACCCGGCCGGUCGGACCCACCGCUCCCCUAGUCUGGACUCGAUGGCAUCCAUUGCCCGCCGCUGGACUGUGUGGAACUGCGCCUCCCUGCUAUGUCAGGCGUCUGCCCGGGCCCUGAUCUGGCUCCUGGGGCUGCUCUAUUUCAGCUCCUUGCCGUUGGGGGUCUACUUGCUCAUCAUGCAGAAGACCACGCUGGGCGUGCUCCUGGUCAGCCUCGUACCAUCCAGCCUGGUGCUCAUCAUGGUCUAUGGCCUCAGCCAGUGCCUCUGUCGCGAACUCCUGAACUGCUUGUCCACAUAGUACCCUGAGGGACAGCCAAAUGUGUACGUUCACUAAUCCUGGAGUGGCCUGACUUAAUACUUACAACAGAUCCGAAAGAUUGCCACAAUGGAUCCUGAAAGAUUCCCCAAAUGGAUUGAUUUUAAAAAAACAAAUCAUGGAAUACAGUUAAAGCUGAUAUCAGGCCAUAUCACGGUUUUCAAAUUCAUAAUCUGAUCAAAACAGAAAAGAAUAGAUUCUAUGGAUUCUUUCUCUUUUUUAUUAUUAAGAAUGUUUGGUGAUUGACUGUAAAAACCAUUAUGGAUACUUAAAAACCUUGAUAGCAACUCAUGUAUAUUCUGUAUUCAAUAGUUGUUAUAGUUUGAUUUGUAUAUACAAUUAUAUAUCAUUUUAAAAACCUUUUAAAUUCACCGAAAUAGCACUACGACCUCAUCUCUAACCUCAUCUCUAAGACCUUAGCAGGAGCUCAUAAAACAAAGCAUGAACCAAACUCAAUGCAUUGUACAUUUUUAUAAAAGAGAGGAGAGGUUUGGUAUGAAUGGAACACAAAUCCACAGAAACUAAGUGAAGAACAAUGUCUCUCAUUUCCAGAAUAAGAUGUUGUAACUGUUGACAAAUAUCCUCAGAAGGGAGGACUACAGCAUGAAGUAGGGGCAUUGUUACAAGAAAACAAUGCUUGAACCAAACUGCCAUUGUAGCCCGAUUUAUCUAAUCCCAAGGAUAUGCAAGAAUUGAGAAUUAGCCUUGAAUACUACAAAAAUGGGCAGCAAAUAAUAGAGCAGGACAGUGCGUUAUAACCUGCACACACUCUACAUUAGUUGCAUGUUGAACUGAAGUGCUAAUAAGAUUAUGAAACUGAAAUAUAAAGAAUGAGGCUUAAGGGGUGUUGAGAUGAUUCAAUACAGAACAACAUAGAUCAAACCUGGAACAUACCGUUUAACCAAAACCAUCUGACCAGCUCUGAGAUGUCUCAGUGUGGCGUAUUCUGAGAGGAAGAGGCUAAAGCAAAAUUUGGAAAUUGUAGAAACUCACGAUUACAAUUAACUUGAUAUGGGUGUAUUUUUUCUUUCUCUUUUGUUUUUCAUUGAAAGAAAAUCACUUGAAUAUUGUAAGAAAAUAUGCAGUGAUAAAACCUUUUAAACCAUUGUGUUUUUACAGCUGUAAAUAUGUUCCAUUUCAUGCUAUAUCACUCACUCCUUUUGUAAACGAUAUUCAGCACGUUCUUCAUAUAAAGGAAUCACUGUAAGCACGGUGGUCCCUAUGUAUGAGGGCACUCAAGACACUUGAUUGUACUAAAGAAUGUAUUGGAUAACAGCAAUGCUUAAGAACACUUAAGAAUUAAACUCAAGAUUCAAGUUCAGAAAGCAAGCGCCUGUUUGUGUUCUGCGCAUGACUGCUGAGACAUUGUGGGAAAAUUUGUGGCUGCAACAACAUGUUCCUACACAGGACAGAAAGCUAGCUUGUUCCGUCCUGUCGAGUUUAUGACCUUGAAAUAGGCAGAUAAUUGCAAGUGAGGCUGUACCAGCAGUUGUAAUGAAGGACAAAAAUGACUGCCCCAUCUAUCUUAAAAAUUGUAGAUUUUGCAAUACACAUUAAGCAAAUUUGUUCUUCAUCACAAAAUGUGUAAUAUGCAAGAAAGACAUCACAUGCAAACCAUAAAACAAAGUUGAUUUGAAAACACUCUCAUUCUAUAUGUUGCAAUAUACAAUACACAGUACAUACAGUACAACAUUACUAGGAUGUGAGCAGCUAGGAGUCCCUGGUGUGUGUAGUGUAUCCAGUACAAGGGGUAAUAUGUUCUGUGCUGUGUAAGCAAAUAUUCUCUAUCACAGUAAACAUUUUUCAAAUCAUUUUUAUUUUCGAAAUUUGAUCAGAACAGGACUCUCUUAAAAGAAGACCACAUGAUGAAGAAAACAAAGGGUACAACAUGAUUACUUUUUAUCUAUGAGGAAAGAGAGUUUUUUUUAUCAGAUCGCGUAUAAUACCUCCCAGACCAGUACACAUAAUGUAUUGUUUUGGGGUCAUCUGAUGGAUACAAUUUCCAUUACUCUCAGCAGGCCGCAUUGAACUUGAGUUUUAGUAACAAUCAGAAAAAUCUCUCCACUGCCCCCUGCUGCAUUGGAGGAUACUCUCAAUGAAUUUCACCCGUGCAGUGUAAAGUUCUUUGAUGUUUUGACCGUCUCAUCUCCUGCAGGCAUGUUCACAUCUCUGUAAGAUUGUUAAAAAUACUGCCAGUGUUUUUUUGACCCAAAUUAUAGGGCACGCACAACUGUUAUCUGAAAAAUUGAAGGGUGAAAAGUUUUUCAACCUUGAAUUAUCAUUCACUAAGUAUUUCUAAUAGAAACCUGAAAUUUAUUUUAAUAUGUUCAGAAAGUCAAUGGGCAUCAUUCAGGAAACAUGUGUAUGAUAACAUUUGAUAGACUGUAGACUGUGUUUCCAAGAACAUUUCAUAUUUUUUUUUUUUUCUUGUCCAAUUUCUUCAUGGCUGUUUCCUUAUGCUAAUCACAUGAAUAGAAUUGCACAUAAGAUUUACAAACAGUCAGCAUUCAUUAUGUCAUAUGCCUGAGAUAUGCAUAAAAACACAAUUCUGCAAAUGUAUCAUGAAUCCCAUAUUAUUUUUUGUUUUUUUUGUUU